AAAUUCAUAGAAUGUUUCAAGGAAAAACUCUCAACAUGGUGUACUCUAAUCGGACCAAAUGAAAACAAAUGGAGAGUAAAGUUUGUUAGUGAUAUGAUGAAAUUCUCAGACGGAUGGGAGAAGUUUGUAAGUGAUCAUGGAAUAGAAGUCAAUGACAUUCUGGUGUUUUGUUAUACUGGAGAUUCGUCGUUUAAAGUCUCUGUAUUCGACGGGGAGAAUUGUUGUGAAAGGGAAGGCUCUCACUUUGCGAGUAAUACUUCUUCUAGCUCGCAGAAUGUUACUUGUUCAAGCUCUUUGCAUUUCAAGAGAGCUGGUGACAACAAUGGUUUGGGUACGAGUACUCCUGCACCUGCUCCUGCUCUUACUCCUGUUCCCGCUCCUGCUCCUGCUGCUGCUGCUGCUGUUGGCAGUUCGCAAAAACCCAUUGUGGUUGAUGAGGACGAUGAAAGAACAUAUAAUGAUUACGAACAUAACCACGAGUCUGAGUAUGACAGUGCUACUACUAUUGAUUUAAGUGAGGAAGAUUAUCAAACUGAGUCUGAGUACCAGCCUGGUAUUUGGAGGCGGAGAACCAGGGCAAGAUUAUAUUACUCUACUACAGCAUAUUGCUACGCAGAAAGAACUUCCCAAACCAGAUUGUGCUUCAUAUCUAAUAGAAGGGUUCCUACAGAAAAGAAAAGAAUAGAGCUUUGGAAAAGGCUAUUAGAUUUAUGAAGGCUGAACGUUAUAUUAAGAUGGAGAACAAGAUUCCGAGCCCGCCUAUGUUUCAGAUAACCUUGCUGGCUUCACAUGUUUGCAGGAAAUUUAUGCUGACUAUCCCAAAGAAAUGGGCAAUAGAGCAUAUGGUCCAUGGCCCUCAGGACGUGAAGCUGCAGGUCGGAGACCGAAGCUGGAUUGUUGGAUACAGAUUGAACAAGUCUCGUAAUAAGGUUCUUCACUACCUCAAUCCAAACUGGCAGAAAUUUGUGUUUGACAAUAAUUUGGAGGAGCACGAUACGUGUGUCUUUGAGCUGAUUCAAAAAGGGCCCUUAUUCGUCUUUAACGUCUACAUAUUUCGUGCCAUUGAUGAAAUUGUUCCCUUGACACGGUCAAAUUACAGAGCUUAAGCUGAUUGAAAUUAAGUAUGAUAACAACAAAGAUCGAAUUACAAAAACAAGUACUCCGUAGUUGCUAGAUAGCAAAGAUUUUUUGAACUUUAUUUUACUACUAACUUUGAUGGUUUAAUUUGUAUAAUUUGGUGCUUGGAACUUGGAAGUUAGCCUGGAAAAUAUUUGAGUAGAAAUUCAGGCAAACCAGCACUUUAUUGAAUGUAUUGAUCUUGUUUGUGCACUCUACAAAAUUUUUUGUUUGAUAGAGUUGCUACUUGCUAGGAUGGUAGAGGCAUGCACUGGAUCAACAAGGAUACUAUCCAGCUACCGAAAGGCUCAGGAGGACUUGGUGUUCGUAGUAUGUCAAGUCUGAAUCGUGCUCGAUCUUUUGAUGAAGCAAGUAUGGAGGAUUAACCAUAAUCCUCAACUACUGCUCUCUAAGGUUUGUGGUACGACGUUUAAAUCUCCAAUUCACACUAGAAAACAGGUCACUCAUGCAAACAAGAACUACUCCUGGGGCAUGGGCAGUCUAGCAAGAGCUGAAAGUGUUCUGUUUAAAGGUUGCGGCGGCUGGAAAGUUGGAAGGGGAAAUAAGAUUAUUGCAGGUAGAGACUGAUGGGUGGAGGGUAGUGUGCCAGAGUUUAGGGCUACUGUGCCUCUUCAUGAUGCUAGAGUGUUAAGGGCGAUGGAUUUUAUUGAUACAACAAUUACGGAAGGUCUGGAAUCACAACCAAGAUAAAUUCUUGUUUCGUUUACAGGGAUGCAGCUUUGAUUGCUUCUAUGGAAUUACGGGAACAAGAGUUAGAUGACUUAAUGUACUGGUUGGGUCACAAGUCAGGUCGAUACACAGUCAAAUCAGGAUACGCGUUCAUCAAGAGGUCUAUGGUGAUGGAUAAUAGCCAUCAUUAUUCUGAUUUUCUUAAGACUUUGUGGUUGUUAGAGUUCAUGCCCAAAUGGAAGCUUUUUAUGUGGAAGUUGCUUUGCAAUGACAUUGCCACGAAAAGGAACCUAGGAAGAAGAGGAUUGCAGACUAACACUUGUUAUGACCUAUGUAGUGACUCUGAAGAAGACUUGCAACAUAUUUUUCGAUUCUGCUCCACAGCUCGGAAUGUGUGGAGGGGUGGUAUACUUGGUAUCCACUUAGAAGCUAAUGGAGAUCAGUCUUUCAUCGAGUGGUUUCUAUACUAUAUCCGGCUCUUUAUAAGCCAGGAUGGGAGACAUGGCCAUCGAGUUCCUUUGUCGUCUUUUUAUUACUUAGUAUAGUUUCUUCUUGUUUAAGCAUAUGUCAAAAAAAAAAAAAGGAGUUGCUAGGAGUAAAAAUUAGUGGGAUAAAAAAUAAUGAAUGUACGAAUAAGUAAUGAA